AAUGUAGCGAAAGUCGAAUUAAAUUACCUCCUGAUCAAUUAUAUAAUCAUCAUCUAAUUCCAAUAACUGUUCCUUUUCAUAUAUUACUUUUUGGGGUUCUCAAUGUAAAGAAAGAGAAUCAUCGAGUAAUAGGAAUUGUUGAGUUUUCAAAGGGUAUAAAGUCCCCCGAUACCAAGGAUGUUGACGACAAGGUAAAACUCGGCCGAAACGCCAUGCGAAUAUUAAACAAACUACUUGACACCGUACCUUCUGAAAAAGCUCGUGUGUACACGGUUCAUUGUGCGAAUGGAGAAAUUCGCAUACGAUUUAUGGUGCGACCACUUCCAUCAAUAUAUUUGUAUGAUGAAUUCGCGUGCAUCAAGCUUCCCAACAGCUUCGACGAUAUGGAACAAUUUGCAACGGAUAUGGCAAUUCUUAUGAAUUUUCAGAAAGAUGUCUUGAAGACAGUCAAGUCGGUAAAAAAAUCAACAGGGGAUAAAGGUGUAUAUAAAUCUGAAAUCAAACCCACACCAGAACGUGCAAAAAAAAAUAAUAGUAAAAAGAACGAAAAUUCCGCUUCACAACAGCAAGAUACACCCACACUAGAAAAAUAA